AGAGAGAGCUUCAGACCCCCGCUCUCUUCCCCCGCACUCUCCCCCACCUAACAACAACCUCAGCCCCGCAGCGAGGCUCUCUCACAACGACCCCACCCCGCCCCCAAACCCCCCUCCGACAGAGGGGACGGAGCGAGAGGCACACUCGGAGUCACCGAGAGGGGAAAAAAAAGAACCGCUUCGGGAACCCCGGCAUCAGCGUCGCCCUCAAUCCGGGCCCUCAUGCUGUAGCGGCGGCGCGCAGAAGGAGCGAGAGAGCCCACAUCGCACUGAGUGAGACCGAGAGGGCCACAGGGCGGACCCGGGGAGACGACGCUUGUUCUUUCCGCUUGGCAGCAUGGGAUGUACGCUCAGCGCCGAGGAGCGCGCAGCUCUGGACCGGAGCAAGGCCAUCGAGAAGAACCUGAAGGAGGACGGCGUGGUGGCGGCCAAGGACGUCAAGCUGCUCCUGCUCGGCGGGGGAGAGUCCGGCAAAAGCACCAUCGUCAAACAGAUGAAGAUUAUCCAUGAAGAUGGCUUCUCUGGGGAUGACGUGAAGCAGUAUAAGCCCGUGGUCUACAGCAACACCAUCCAGAGCUUGGCAGCCAUCCUCAGAGCCAUGGACUCACUGGGAAUCGAGUUUGGAGACAAGGAUCGAAAAGCGGAUGCCAAGCUGGUGUGCGAUGUUGUGAGUCGCAUGGAGGACACAGAACCGUACUCUGCCGAGCUCCUCAGCGCCAUGAAGCGUGUUUGGGCCGACGCCGGGACUCAGGAGUGCUUCAACCGGGCCCGUGAAUACCAGCUCAACGACUCGGCCCAAUACUACCUGGACAGUUUAGACCGGAUCGGGGCAGCAGACUACCAGCCCACAGAGCAGGACAUCCUGAGAACUCGAGUGAAGACCACCGGCAUUGUGGAAACUCAUUUCACCUUUAAAAACCUUCAUUUCAGGCUCUUUGAUGUUGGCGGUCAGAGGUCAGAGAGGAAGAAGUGGAUCCACUGCUUUGAGGACGUGACCGCCAUCAUCUUCUGUGUGGCUCUGAGCGGUUAUGACCAGGUGCUCCACGAGGACGAGACAACUAACCGCAUGCACGAAUCCCUCAUGCUGUUUGACUCCAUCUGCAACAACAAGUUCUUCAUAGACACCUCCAUCAUCCUCUUCCUCAACAAGAAGGAUCUCUUUGCAGAGAAGAUCAAGAAGUCGCCGCUGACGAUCUGUUUCCCCGAAUACACAGGUGCUAACACUUACGACGACGCUACCGCAUACAUUCAGGUUCAGUUUGAGAGUAAGAACCGCUCGCCCAACAAGGAGAUCUACUGUCACCUGACCUGUGCCACGGACACAGGGAACAUCCAGGUAGUGUUUGAUGCCGUCACUGACAUCAUUAUUGCAAACAACCUGAGAGGGUGCGGCUUAUACUGAGCACAGCUGUUGUCAUGGAGAGUGUGAGGUGUUAAUGAUCAUUUUCAUGAUACUUAAAAACACAAAAUUAUGUAAUUCUACACGUCCGAAUGGACCCAAAGAGCUGCCGCCAGACAUCACGUUGGAUUCAUGUCAUGAUUUCUCCCCCCUCCUCUUAUCAUUUCAAUACACAAUCCUUGUUUUGUCUUUUUAAUCUGAUUUAUUGAUGAUCAUAAAUAAACAAUUGGGAGAGGUCAGGAGCGCUGGCACCAGGGUGGUAUUUACUGGGCGCCUUCUUUGGAGAAAAAUGCAGUGCAAAAAUUCCUCUGUUUGGCUUCUAUGUGCAAGCCAUGAGCCUGUGGUACUCGUGCUGCGUGAUGAUAGUGAUGAGGAUAAUGUUUGAACUUUAAAAGGGCACAAAACGCUCCUUCUCGGUCACACACAUGACCGAGUAGCCUUAGGCAUGUUAGUUCUGCUCCUUUUUCUCUUCUAUUUACUAAGACGUCACAAGAGAGUAUUGAGUGUCGAGUGCGAGGGAUAACCAAUCAUGUUACACGAAAAGGAGGGGGGAGAAAAACUAAAGCAGUCAUAUCGGUGCCAACCAUCUGAAAACAGAUUAGGAUUAUAGAAGGAUAACUUUUAUCACACAACUUCUUACUGAUUGAAGCCCCUCCUCCUACCCUUUUACCACACCUUUCGAUUCCUAAAAAGGAAGAGGAGGCCUCUGGUACCGUCUUGUACCCCUUAAUGUGAAUCUGUUUAGGCAUAGAACACUGCACAAGAAGAUCAUUAGAGGCAGCCUCUGUCAGGGGGAGAUUGCUUUAUUGUAUUCUAAGCCUUGCUCCUGACAGGUCAAAACAGUAUCCCCCCCCAUCUGCCAUCUUUCCCUUUUCACAGAGAAAAAGUACAGCUCUCUAUUUCCCCCUUUGCACCCUAAAAUCCACCUCCCCGCUCCUCUCACGUCAACCAUCCUCACCUUAAAAGCACCGUAUUGUAUAUAUAUAUAUUACGAUUAUACCAGAUUUUUUUUACUGUGAAUGUUUUUGUGCUGCACCCCCCAACCCCCAUCUUAUUCUGUAGUUCUUUGGUUGCUCUCAUGUGGAAUGUUUGUGCUGAGCCAAUCGAAUGUUGUGUUUACAUUAAAGCUACACUUUUCCUAACUAUUCCUGUGUUGAUGC